UUGGUAUUAUUCGAGUGUAGUAGUAGUAUAUAAGGAUGAUGGAUCAUGGCUAAGCCAAGCCAUCCCAGACAAGAGGAGACUCCCAACUCACACGAAACAACGACACCCAUCUUCCCUUGCUCCCUUUAAAAGCCUCCACUGCAGCUCGCUUAGCUCUGCCCUAUUCAAAUUCGCCAUUAUCGAUCCUCUGCUCGUCGAUCGCAAGCUCGCUGCUGUAGAGAUCGUCGGAGCAGCAAUGGGGAAGAAGCUCGCCCUCGCCUCGCUCUUCUUCACCAGCAGCACCGGCGGCGGCGGUGGGACGAGCCUGAGGUCGUCGUCGUCUCCGGCUCCGUCAAUGUCCUCCGCCUCCUCCUGGCAAUGGCCGCCCUCCUGCACGCAGGCGAGAACCACCUCCUUCCGCAUGGCCGCCGCCGCCGAGGACUACGGCUACAGCACGAGCACCAUGAACCCGGCCUUCCUCGACGACUCCUCCGUCGCCGGGCACGAGCACGAGCACACUUCCUCCCGCCGCCUCUCCUCUUCCUCCUCUGCUUCUUCUUCCCCGGCGCCGGCGCCGGCGGCAGAAGAAGAGGCGGUCAUCCGCGGGCUCCGCUCGUCCAGCCGGCUCUUCUUCGAGCCGGAGCCGACGAGCUGCAUCCUGAGCAAUAGCAAGCCGGCCAUGGCGUUCGGCGGGGCGACGGCGAUGGCGAUCGACUCGGCGGACCCGUACGGCGACUUCCGGCGGUCGAUGGAGGAGAUGGUGCUCAGCCAUGGCGGCGGCGAGGACUGGGGGUGGCUGGAGGAGAUGCUGGGCUGGUACCUCCGCGCCAACGGCAAGAAGACCCACGGCCUCAUCGUAGGAGCCUUCGUCGACUUGCUCGUCGCUCUCACUUCCUCCCCUGCUUCUUCUUCUUCUUCCUCUAGCUUUCUCAAUUGCAAGCAGAGCAUUAACCAGAGUUAAUUAGCCGUAUGCGUCUCUGCAAUGCAAAUGCAAUUCGAUUGAUUGUAAUUAAAAAUGCGUGUGCGUGUGCGCGUGUGUGUGUUGCGGGCUUGUGGCAUGGCACCAUCGAGAAUUAAAAGAUUGGUUGAAUGAUCCGAGUGGAAAUUGUUUGCUAAGAUCAUCAUGUGUGUCUGUACUGUAUUACUAGUUGUUUAUUCAUGUA